CAUGUACCGUCGCCUCCGAGAAGCGGAGGGCGGGAUAGGAUCGCUGGUUGGACCCCGCUUCCCGUCGCUUCUAUUUUAGUCUGCGAGCUGAUUGGCCGAGUAAAUGAAAACGGGGCGGAGCCAUCUAACUCUCUCAGAAAAGACGGGCGCUUUUUUGCCUGAGGCUUCUGAUUGGUCUUCGCUUCCUGUCCUUCUUAAGCUUCCCGCGAACCGACUGGCUGAGCAGAGGAGAAUGGGCGGGGAUCACGUUUCAGUCAGGCCGAUCAUGACUUCACAAUUGGGCGGUUGAAGCGCGAGCGUUCCCUGUUGCCAUGACGACGGGCGACUGCUGCCAUCUUCCUGGUUCGCUGUGCGACUGUCCUGGAAGCGCUGCACUGUCCAAGUCAGUGGAAGACUCUGACCUGGGGCGGCCGCAGUACGUCACCCAGGUCACAGCCAAGGACGGCCGGCUGCUCUCCACUGUGAUCAAAGCCCUGGGGACGCAGAGCGAUGGCCCCAUCUGUCGGAUCUGCCACGAAGGUGGAAGCGGAGAGGGCCUGCUCUCCCCCUGCGACUGCACCGGCACACUGGGGGCCGUCCACAAAAGCUGCCUGGAGAAGUGGCUUUCCUCCUCUAACACCAGCUACUGCGAACUCUGCCACACUGAGUUUGUCGUGGAAAGAAGACCCCGACCCCUGACAGAGUGGCUAAAGGACCCCGGGCCACGCAAUGAGAAGCGAACCCUCUUCUGCGACAUGGUGUGUUUCCUCUUCAUCACCCCACUGGCUGCCAUCUCGGGCUGGCUGUGCCUCCGUGGAGCCCAAGAUCACCUGCAGUUCAACAGCCGCUUGGAAGCCAUUGGCCUGAUUGCGCUGACCAUAGCACUUUUUACUAUCUAUGUCCUCUGGACGCUGGUUUCAUUCCGCUACCAUUGCCAGCUGUACUCGGAGUGGCGAAGGACCAAUCAGAAAGUCCGCUUGAUGAUCCCAGACUCACGAAACCCUCACCCUGUCCAGCACUCCCUGCUCUCAGCCAAGCUUCUGAAGAAGAAGGCCGAUGAGACAACCGUAUGAGUCGGGAGCUGGCUUCGUGGGGAAUCCCCCUGGCCCCAUGCGAGAGGUGGGUUUGGGCAGGGUUGCCCUUUCCCAGGCGGCCACGGCAAAGACUCAUCUGAACAAUCAACCCAACCAAAGGGGGGGGUCGAAGACCACGGGAAGACAAGGAAUCUCCGGGCGCGUGCAAUGACCUUGGGAGGUGGCCCAACUAGAGCCUCCGCCGGCCAGGCUCUGUCCUCAAGAGGAACACAUGGGGAAGAAAGUUGUCUCCCUAUAUCCGUAGCCCUAUAUCCUAUUAUAUUAUAAUAAUUAUUACUGUUUAUAAUUUUACCACUAUGGUUGAUUUUCCACCCCACUUCCCCUUUGCAUUUGGGUCCCCAGUGUUGUUUGAAAUGUCCCACGUGAAAGACCCAGAGCCGAUCCACACGUCCCUCGUUUUGACACCACCAGACUGUUCUCCCUUGCUGGUUUCAUGUGGCAAGCAUUUGCUGGGAACGUGUCUUUCUUUGUCACACAGAACUUGCCACGUUUCCGCACCCCCCUCCCCCCGGGAACGACAAAUCCACAGGUUUCUUUGAGGUUUGGCUGUUAUACAGUAGAAAUUGGGGGGGGGGGGCGUGUUGUUUGCGAGAAAUAUUCAGCCUACAGAACGGGCAAGACGUAUUGUUUAAACGGUGUCUCUUGCCUGCCCAAAAAGUUAAACCUGCAAAUCGGCCUGUCUUCUGAUCUCAUGCUGGGAAUGAAUUGGUGCUCUUAUUGAGGAGUGGGAGGUUGACUCCUCUUUUGGCUCCCUCCCCAGUGUCUAUAAGCCCCCUUCUUGUUUUGCACUAUAUGGAUUUUUUUGGGUGGGUCCAGCCUUCCCUCCUUUGUUUUCCCCUCUGUUCUGUCAGUGCUGUUACUAUCCCAUUGAGAGGAUUCUGUGCAUUUUUUGAGAAUGGAUUUAAGUAUAAUAAUCCCAGGAGGAGUAAAACUGAACUAAUGCUGAAAAA